AUGAGUAAUACGUACCUCCAGAACCAAAACCCGGCGUCGAACAACACCGCAGCCGCCUCGGCACCGUCUUACGCUUCCGCUGCCAGCGCAGUAAAGAAGCCGUCGACGCCAGUGGUUGCGACCGGCUCGAACCCGCCUGUUGUUGCGACCGGGUCGUCUGCGUCUACGUCGCACCAUGCUAAGUCGUCCUCCGUAUCGCACGUGAACGGCCGACCCAACAUCAUGCCUGCAGUACCCACCGUCCCCCCCGUGGCCCACGGCACAUCCAGCGUCAACGGUCUUGCGGACCACAACCGAAAGAGCUCCGUGACCAUGAGCGCGAAUGGUCCCAACAGCUAUUCUACGAACGGUGGCCCUGCCGGAGGAAAGGCCAAUAUAAAAUUUGGGUUUCAAGAUUCGCCUGCUGUGUCCCACAGCUCCCCUCAACCGGGAUCUGCUCCUAUCCCUAUUCCCGACAGCAAUCCGCGGGUGACAUCGCCUCAAAACUCGCCCUCUCCCAUCCCCCUGCCUUCUGCUAGUGGCGGCCGACCUCCUUCCGGGGCUGCCCAGCAGGGUAUGACUUUCGGCAGUUUCGGUGGUGACAGCGAUGUGAGUACCCAUUAUCCGCUCCGCCCAGACCUGGCUGCGUCGUGGACCCGUGGUACUAAUUCCACGAUACAGCGUUCCCACAUGCGAACGACCUCUGCCAACCAGGAUCACGGCUCUCUGGGGUCGCAACAUUCGCCUCACAUGAGACGGGGCUCGAAUGUUAGCGACAUGAGCAACCAAGCCGGCCCGCCCCAGCUAGGUCGAGGCAAUUAUCCCUCUGCCCGCGGCGGCCGAGGUUUCAAUAACAAUUCCUACAAUCAACCGAUGGGAUACCCGCCUAAUAACUACGGUCGAGGGCCCCAAAACCCCGGCCGGGGAGGCAUGCCUCCCAAUUUCGGAAACAAUCGCCAGCAGCCUUUUGGGACCCCUCCACCACACAACCGAAGCCCGGCGCUUCCCCCGGCCAUGCCGCAGCCUCCUAACAUGGCUCCGUCUAACAUGCCAGGCUAUUAUUAUCCUCCCCCGGCCAUGCCGGGACAAGUUCCUCAGGUAAGAAGUCUAUCCUCCCCUAAUCCCCUUAACCACAAGGAUCCUGCCUUUAUGUCCGGCACGAGAAGAGGGCGCCGUAGGAAGGUCGAUAAGUUCCCAAUCCGAAUUGGCAGACCAGCUCUUCCACCAAUGGACACGACGACGACACCGAUCAGAGAUGUAGACGCUGGGGUCGGCGAGUGUUCAUUGGUAGCCUGCGGCGACGUGCCCCGUAGUCCAACAGGACAACGCCCUACAGAACUCGCUAUAAUCCCUCUUCGACACCCCUUGUUCGCCCUCGAUGCCCUCUUGGAUAGUGGACGCCAACAUCUUUCACUAGAGAAUGGCACUUAUGACUGGUUGCUAACUAAUGCCGAACAACAGGGUUAUUAUGGGCAUUAUGAUCCUAGCAUGCGGGUGCCCAUGCCUGUUUCGGGGUUUCCGAUGUACUCAAUGCACGGACAAGGCCAAUCCCCCGUGCCUUCGUUCCAACAGCCCUACACAGCGGGUCCAUACCACGUGCCAGGCGGGCAGCCGAUGUCCCGAAACUCUUCUCAGCUGUCGACAGAUCAUCGACCAGCAUCAAGCACCAGCCAAGGACAAACACCCGUGAUUGCCCAGGGCACGCCACAGCCUCUGCCCGCGCAGGUGAAGCCUCCUAUCGCCGCCUCUCCGCAGUUCAUUCGCGCUUCUAAAAAUGCGGCUAUCACGAUUACGAAUCCACAGGGAGAACCCUUGGACCUACGUCAUCUGAAAGCACCACCAUCUCCUGCACCGAGCAGUCAACCGUCUAGAACACAUCCGGUUAUCGCAAGCACCCCUACCCCCCCUCCCAAGACAUCGACUCCAAAAGUGUCUACGCCUACGCAUUCGAGAACCGAAAGUGUAAGCACAUCGAAGACCGCAGAGGAGGUUCGAAACGAAUUCAAGGAGAAGGCGAAGCUAGCUGUAAGCGGAGAUAAGACCAAGGACGAAGAGGCAGCUAAGGCGGCGGCCGAGAAGGCCGCAGAGGAGGAAAGGCUGCAAGCUGAACAGAAAGCACAGGAAGAAGCUAAAGCUGCCGAGGAAGCCAGGGCCCGCCAGGAAGCAGAGGAUAAAGAAAAGGCAGAAAAGGAAAAGGCAGAAAGGGAAAAGGCAGAAAGGGAAGCGGCGGAAGCUGCCGCCAAGAAGGAAGAAGCCGCCAAGAAGGAAGAAGAAGCUGCCAACGCUGCCAAGAAAGAAGAAGCCGCCAAGGCGGACGAGCAAGAAGAGUAUGAACGCAUGAUUCGCGAGAUGGAGGAGGAAGAUGCCAGACGCGAAAAAGAGGAGGAAGAGCACCGCGCACGAGUCGAGGCCGAAAAGGCAGCUAAGAAAAAGGCCGAGGACGAGGCGCGAGCAGCAAAUGCCAGUGAGAACGACAGGAAGCUUCGCGAGGCUGAGGCCGAGAUGGAGCGAUUGGAAGAGGAGAGGGAGCGCCGGGCCGCUCAAGCUAGCCAGUCCGUUCAUCAGCUUCUCAAGACGGGACCUGAGAAGAAGCUUGAGAAAACGGAUACUCCUCCGUCUGCCACUGAGACUGCGACUACAAAAUUAGCUAGCCUGUCCCUGAACGAUAAAUCCGCUGCUGCUGCUGCCGCUGCCGCGGCUGCUGCUAGCCAAGCUAAGCCAAGCUCAGGCGGGCGCGCCAGGCCGCCAGCUGCUCUAAAUCUAGCACCCCUCAAGACGAAUUCAGUCGAACCUCCCCAGCCGAGUGCUGCACUCCAGUCUCUCAAGACGGCCAGACUUCUGGGCUCCAGCUCUAUCAGGUCAGACCUUUACCCACCGGGGAUAUUGUCUCCCAACCCAGCCCUGAAUGCGGCGGUCGCCAGAAAAGGGACUUCGUUCAAGUACGACUCAGCGUUCCUACUUCAGUUCCAAAAGGUCUUCACCGAACAACCAUCGCUUGACUUCCACCAGCAGGUCAAGACGCUUAUCGGCGAAAGCGAUGGUGCGCGGUCUGCCCCUGCGCGACCGCCUUCUGGUGCACUCGGGCGACAGACUAGGACAACCACCGGCCUCAACAACUUCGGUAGCUUCGGCGUCACUCCCGGCAGACCCCUACCGUCGGGGACUACUUCCCGGGCUGAUGCGGGCCAUGAAAAGUCGAUGUCGCGCCCUUCGGUAAAUCCCAUGGCGAACUUCCCACGGCCAGGUGGUGUUUUCCCAGGCACUUCCCAGAUGUCCCGCACGCCUUCUAGUUCUAACAUGAGCAUGCCUCACUCGCCGCGCCAAGGAAGCCGUCGCAACCUCAGCAAGCAAAGCACAUUCGGUGCCAAGGUGGAGGCACAGGCAGCUAAGACGAUGCCGCUGACCCAAGGCAUGAAGAUCGAAGCCCUGAGCACUUCGUCGUCCGGUUGGAAGCCGACCAGUAUCGGGAAAUCAUCUCAGAACAGUGGUCCUCCUCCCUCGGGUGGUCUUCUCGACCCGUCGAUGGUUCAGCGUAAAGUCAAGGCGGCGUUGAACAAGAUGACGCCCGAAAACUUCGAUAAAAUUUCGGAUCAGAUCCUUCAGAUUGCCGCCCAGUCGAAGGACGAGACAGAUGGCAGGACUCUUCGCCAGGUUAUCCAGCUCACCUUCGAGAAAGCCACCGACGAGUCGCACUGGGCCUCGAUGUAUGCCAAAUUUUGCACCAGGAUGCUGGAGAUGAUGAGCCCCGAAAUCCGAGAUGAGAAUAUCAAAGACCGGAAUGGCCAGGUCGUCAGCGGAGGCGCAUUGUUCCGGAAGUACCUCCUCAACCGAUGCCAAGAGGAAUUCGAACGCGGCUGGAAGGUCGACCUCCCGCUACCCAAAGAGGGCGAUGACAAGAAGGCGCAGGAGGCCGCGAUGUUGUCAGACGAAUAUUACAUCGUAGCCGCUGCGAAACGGCGCGGCCUCGGUCUAGUGCAGUUCAUCGGCGAGCUGUAUAAAUUGGGCAUGCUUACCGAGCGUAUUAUGCACGAAUGCGUGAAGAAAUUGGUGGACUACUCGGGUAUCCCUGACGAGGCCGAAGUCGAGUCCCUCUGUAAGCUACUCCGAACUAUCGGCGCCAACUUGGAUAAAGCGGAGAAAGGCAAGGCCAUGAUGAACGCCUACUUCAGCAGAAUCCAGAGCAUGGUUGACCUGCCGGAACUGCCUAGUCGUCUAAAGUUCAUGCUCAUGGACGUGAUCGACUUGAGGAGGGCCAAUUGGGUUUCGAAGGAAGCCAAUAAGGGUCCCAAAACCCUGGAGGAAGUGCGGGCCGAGGCCGAGGCCCAGGCAGCGCAGAAAGCUGCCGACGCGGCACGAAGCACUCAGAGGGGCGGCGGCGGCGGACUCGGCGGCCGGCCCCAGAUGGGCCGCGGUGACGCACGCAACUUUUCAGGGUACGCGCAGCAGGCCCAGAACCAAGUCGGCAUGGACGACCUUCGUCGUCUCAAGGGCGGCGCAAACCGCACUUCGACCUCGAACAUCACUCUCGGCCCAAUGUCGAUGCUCAACUCGCGUAGUAACAGCGGCCGCCGUCUUGGCCCGGGCGGUUCGUUGAGCAGAGGUACUGAGGAUUCCGGAGCUGCUUCCAGAACUGGAACACCCCCCGUGAGGGAGACGCAGAGCAGUACCAAUUCUUUCGGUCUACUCGCCAACAUGGACUCGGAGAACGCGGCAUCCCCGCCCUCUACGGCGGCGUCGCCCGCGCUAUCCAAGGUUGUCCCAGACACCGCAGCUGCUGCAUCAGGAAGGGAGAGCAGCUAG